AUGUCUUCAGCCAACAGAAAGGAGCAAAGGGUCACCUUCCAGGCCAUCCCGGCCACCAAGGGCCACCGUCACAAGGCAAGCGACUCGGGCGUCGAGUCCGACUUUAGCUCGAGCCCUACGGCCCAGGAGUACUUCGACCUCGAGAGGAACCACAGCAAGCUCAAAGAGGAGUACCUGACAACCAGGGACAAGCUCAAGGAAACCGAAACAUUGCUCCAGCAGGCCAACGCCCGCUUGACCGCCAUGCAGAACACCGUCGAGGUCCUGGAGAACGACAACAAGGCCCUGUUGAGCGAGAAGCGCAACUUGCGCGCAGAGGUAGAUGCCCUUCGUGAGGAUCGCAAGUCUCGCACCAGCCCGCCUCGCGAGUCUACCAAGAUGUCUGGCGCCCUGCAGACCCACCCCCCUUCUCCCAAGGAGUCCAAGGAGCCCAAGGAGUCCAAGCACUCGCGCCGGAGCGAAUCCAAGCAUCGCCGCAGCGAGUCUAAGCACCGCCGCAGUGAGAGCAAGCCGCGCAAGACCACAGAGGAGAAGGAGCUCGAGAAGCGCGUCAAGCAGGACAAGGAACGCCUCCGCGGCCGCUUCGACCACAAGGACGACAAGAGUUCUUCUUCCUCCGGCAGCAGCUCGGGCCGAAGCAAACAGAGCGGCAGCUACAUAGAGCCUUUGGGUCCUGCCGCCUCCCGUCCCGUCCCUCCCGCAGAGCAGCCGGGCCGUUCCCGUCACUCACGCCCCGAGUCAACCUCCUACCACGACUCCAUCAGGCCGGCUGUUUUCACCACAACCACCACCCCCGACCUUUCCGCCUACGGCGCCGCUAUGCCGCGCAGCCCAGCAUACCCCGAUUAUGGGGGUGACUACUACCCCGAUUCUGCCUCACAAUACGUUCAAGCUGAUGGGAGCUACCACCCUUACCCUCUGUCGCCGGUCCUUGAUGCUCCCCGCGGGAGGUCGCGCCGGUGA